GCCGGUCCUUCCGCCGCAUGUUUUAUAUAGCGAUGCAUGUUUCAUAAUUACAACACUAUCGUAAUCGUGUAACUCGAAUUACGCUUUCAGAAUAUUGUUACAGUGUGCAUGUUUGUUUCGAUAAUUUUCGACGAGAACGCAUAUAUCGUGAUAAACUGAUUGACAAACGCGGUGACAUCCGGUGGCCGCUCGCUAUUUCCGACGGCCGCCAUUUUACACGACGCUCAGGUGUAUGCUCGAUAUACCUUUAACGGCUAAGUUUGUAGGAUUACGUGUUCCGAGUUAAGAACCGGUUUCCGACGAUGAUCAAGCCGGAAGACAAUCAGAUACAGAAUAAUGACGACAGAGAUAGAAGCAGGGAGCGUGAUCGUAAUCGAAGAUCGGACAGACCCAAUCGUCUGAACUCAGCCAGUCGUGAUCGUAGCAGAGAGAGAAAUGAUCGCGUCAGAAAAUCCUCCGACCGACGGAUUUAUGUAUCAAACAUUCCUUAUGAUUUUCGAUGGCAAGAUCUCAAGGAUCUAUUCAGGAGCGAGGUUGGCAAGGUGGCACAUGUCGAGCUCUUUACUGACGAGAAUGACAAACCUAGAGGAUGUGGGAUAGUGGAAUUUGAAGAUCCAGAAUCAGUCAAGAUAUCAGUAGAAAAGAUGCACCGAUAUGAUAUCAAAGGGAGAAAGCUUGUUGUUAAAGAAGAUUUUGAUGUGGAACGCGACAAAUAUGGUCGUUUAACUACAGGUCGUAACAACGAUAGAAAUCGAGACGAUAGAUUCAGAGAUCCCAUCAGAGGUGGAUCACAAGGUGGUGGCAGACAAAACAUGUCGGUACCUGGUGGUGCAGGAGGUGGUGGUGGUGGUGGUAAUGGAGGAGGUGGCGGUGGCGGUGGUGGUGGCUGCGGCGGCGGUGGAGGUGACAAUAAAUUUGGGAAUACCUAUGGUCUUAGUACACAAUUCUUAGAAUCUCUUGGUAUUAACGGUCCUUUAGUUACAAGGGUCUUUGUUGCAAAUCUGGACUAUAAAGUGGGAAAAAAAUUACUUGAAGUUUUUAAAUUGGCUGGGAAAGUAUUGCAUGUUGAAUUGGGAAAAGAUAAGGAUGGUAAAUCAAGAGGCUUCGGAGUUGUGGAAUACGAUCAUCCAGUGGAAUCAGUUCAGGCUAUUUCAAUGCUUCAUAAUCAACAAUUGUACGAUAGACGCAUGACCGUCAGACUCGACAGAGCUAAUGAACCUGACAUGCCGCCUAAAUUACCAGAAGGUUUAAAGGGAAUUGGUAUGGGACUCGGUGCCGGUGGUAAUAGACUGCUGGAUGUUGCAAGAAAUAUUCCCAAUGUACAAGCGAAUAAUCCACCAGUAGUGAAUCCGAUUUCUGCACCUGUUCUAGCAGCGGGCGCUUUUGGCGCCGGUCUAAACAAUGUUGUACCGGCACAGUUGGCAUCGGCAUUAUCGAAUACUAAUGCAGCGGCUCUUCAAGCUAGCCUCGCUGGCGCUGGCUUAGGUGCCAAUCUCACUACUAGUUCAUUGCUGAAUCCUUCAUUGACGAAUGAAUUAGCAUCGAAUUUGAAUAAUUUCGGAGGCAGCGUUGGUAGCUUAAGCGGUUUACAGGCUUCUUUGGCUGGUGGACAAGGAAACAAUUCGUUUACGCCACGUGGAUUAUCUAAGUUAGAUAAUGACAUAGGUUUUAGUGGUAACAAUGCUUUUGGUGGGUCCAACUUUGGUGGUGGCGGUAGAGAUUUUGAUGGAGGAUUUAAUCGAGGAGAUGGUGAUCGCAUUUCCGGUGGCGGCGGUGGAUUUUCUGGAAAUCAGGGACAAAGUGGUGGCGGAAAUCGUCAGAAUUCCAAUGGUUCAAGACCGAUAUCCGAUACUAUACUCAUAGGCAAUCUACCUCCAAAUACUACAUGGCAGAUGUUACGUGACAAAUUCCAGGAUGUUGGAGAGGUAAAAUUUGCAGAAAUGAGGGGUACUGAUAUGGGCAUGGUACGGUUCGCAUCUGAAUGGGAUGCCGAGCGUGCUGUGACUAUGAUGAAUAGAUCGCGCAUCGACGGUAGAACGAUUGACGUUCGUCUGUACUAAGAACCAAAGGGUAGCCUCGAAAAUUUAAGGUCACGUAUGAGAAACAUCUUUCCCAAAAUGUGACAAAGUCAGGUAAGUUUUAACAAUUGACGAACAGUCACCUUAUGCAAGUAUGUUGUUCUUCCAGGGAAGCUAUCACGAGCAACAUUGUGUCUUAUGAAAAUGGUGAGUCGUACGGAGUAAAAAGAACGAAAAAAAUCGCAAAGUCGUACUUUCAAUCACACCUGUAUUUUGUUUCUUUGUCUACCUAUACAUUAUAAAACAGCUUUCGGUACGCGGGGCAAGUGUAAGGAUUACUAUGUUUGUAGAGAAUCGCAAUGUGAGGUCCCGGCGUAAUAUGACGAUGAUGCAGUUAAUAGCUCAGACGCGCACAAGUGUGCCAGUAACGGGACCACCGCUCGAACGAAACAUGUAAAACGUAUAUAAAAUUGCAUAAUACGGUAAAUACGGGUACGUAAUUCGUGUAAAUUAAUAUUAAUAGUACAAACAGUAUUGCCGACAACCGUGUUCACGUUUAGCGCGCGAAGAGUGCACCGACGUCUCUCGAAAAAAAAAAAA